GAGAGAGAGAGAGAGAGAGAGAGAGAGAGAGAGAGAGAGAGAGGGAGGGAGGGAGGGCUGGCAAGAAAACUUUUCACUUCUGAGGAGCCACGGAGGAAGCGUGUGUGUGUGUGCGUGCUGGAGCGGCGACCAUGCAGGAGGAGUCUGGAGAGACGGUGUGCAGUGAAAGGAAUGGGGUGGCAGAGUGGUUGUGUCCCUUAUGCCAAAAAGGCCAACCAGACAGAUCUUCCCUGUCUCUACAUCUCACAGAGCAACACAGCGUUCUUCCAUCGUGUGUCGACAGACUGCUAGACAUUGCUGUUCUAAAACAGGCUGCCAGUGGACAAGAAGAGGACAAAGGUGCUCAAAAGUCCUCAGAUGCUGAAUCUUCACCACUGAAGCACGCUGAAGACGUCAGUUUAGACCCCUGCCAAUCUAGUGAGAGUACAGACGCUACCCAGACGCUUGGAGACAAAGAGAUGGAGGAAGAGAGAAUAAUCGAACAGGAGGGAGGUGAAGCUGAGCCGGAGCCAGAAGAGGAGGGAAAUCCACUCACCGGAGCCAAACAGCAAAAUGCAACUGAAAACACAGAAAUCCCAGACGCUGGUGAAAAGUCAGUUGGUAAAAAUGGUGUGCCAGCUGAAAAUAACACCCGCUCAUUCAAAUGCAAUGCCUGUCUGGAAAGUUUUCCCAGUAGAACUGCCUUGAGUGUUCAUUACAACUCUGCAUCCCACAUUCAGAGAAUGACAACAGGCUCCGCAAAGCAAGGUCCAGAAAGUAAGCCCCAAGCUCCAUCAGUUCACGUCCUGUCUCGGCCAUAUAUUUCCAACAAACCCUACCAGUGUGCUGUGUGUCGAGUCUCUUACAAUCAUGCCAUCACCCUCGAGAGCCAUAUGAAAUCUGUGCUGCACCAAACCCGCAGCAGAAACGCUGGAAUUGCUGCACAUGCUGCAAACAAUGCAGCAGCUACUGCUAGUCUGAGAGGCAGCACCAGCUCUCCAAGCCCUGUAGUGACCACAUCUGGAAGUGGAACCAGCCAGUUAGUUACAUCCACCAACUGUGCUGCUCCCGGCACAUUGAUGGUGACUACUACAAAAGAAGGAGAGCAGAUUUCAACCUCACAAGUGGCUCCCUCCCUCCUCACCUCCCCUGUGGCCUCCGCUCAGGCAGUCUCAGCCUUUCUCACCCUCCUUACAUCAAGUCCCAACACGCUGUCACACUCCCUCCUCCCCUCCUUGUUUGCGGCUGGUGCUGCUCCUGGUGCCGCUGCACCUCAGCUCGUGCCUCAGCCCCAAAUGGUCAUGCCCUUGAUCUUAAAUGGGCUGCAAGCCCAAACUCAGCAGCACCAAGAGAACCAGCAAGGCCAGCUCCUCACCCAGUGUGUGCCAUUCGUAGGUCUCAACACAGCCCAGCAAGCCCUCCUAACCCAAAGACUUAACAGCUUACAGAACCAGUGGCCCUCUGCAGGUGUCACAACAAACAUACAGGCCUGCAACGAAGAGCAGACACAGACUGUAAAGAGUGACAGCGGACAAGAAAGGCUGGACAGAGAUGAGACAGUUGAAGACAAGGGCUCAGAUCAGGUCAAAGAUGGGAAUAACUGGUCUGCUGGGAAAUCUAAGGACGAGAACAGUAAAGAAUUUGUACAGAGUCCUAAUAUAGAAAGCAAAGUGAGGGUUGAGAAUAUUGAAGACAAUGGGAAGCCACAUGGAGAUAGCACAACAGAUGGAGACAGCUCAACUAAUCAGUUGGACCUGGAAGGUGAUAAAGCGGCUAGCCUGAAUCUCUCUCCAGCGGGCACAGAGAAGAGCCUCCGCAAUAACAACCUCUCGCCUUCUGCAUCUGUGCCCAGCAACUCAAGCCUCAGUCCUGUAAAUUUAAACCUUACCCUUAGCCCUGAUUCUACUCCUCAAAAAUCGCAAUCAGGCACAAGCCCUUGUGGCUCUGUUGGCACCCCAAAAUCCAGUCCGAGUACAAAUGCCUUAACUAACAACCAAACUCGACUCCAUUGUAAUACAAUGGGAUCCUUUUAUCCAGACCUUCCAGUGCUGUCAGAGUUCCAGUCAGAGGUUCUCUGGGCAUUCUUUGAGUCGCGCAGUGAGGCUGAUGCUGCGAGUCCUCCCCGUGAGGACUGCGAGGCGCUGGGCAGGGAGGUGGGUCUUUCUGAGGACGAGGUACGUAGGUGGCUGACCCAAGCCCGUCACGCCAAACAGAGACAGAGGGCGACAGAGUUACAUCACCAGGUAGAAUUUAUGAGGCACAGCCAGGGUUCUGAUAAUGACUACGAUGAUGAGGAAAACUCCCUGAUUAUAGCAGAGGGUGAGGAUGACGCUGAAGCUUCGGGUAGUCAGGCAAUAGAUCUGUCCAGUACAAGAGGAAAACGCAAACAGAGAGAUUUGGGACGGGAGGGUCAGGGCGAUUCCUGUCUCACAUCUGACUCCGAAAAUGAGGUUUACACCUCAGUCAUUGUUUCUGAUGAGGAAAGUCAGAAUGGGUCUUUUAGGGAGGGGCCUGAAAGCCCUGCGAAAGAUGAAGCACAGCGGGAGGUCCAUGGUGAUAAGGGGUCAGUUGGAGGAAAGGUAUUGCGCUCCACAACUGUUUUUCUCUCUGACGCAGAGGAUGAAUAUGAAGACGAGGAGGGUGGAGGUGGUCAGAGGGCCCAGAGGAAAAAACGAAAGAGGGAGUUUGAACGCGAUGAGGUGGAGGUGAAGAAGGAGAGACAAGACCCAGAUGUGGAUCUAGAGUUGGAGGCUCAAGGAGAUCCCCCAAGUUCACAGUCGCAUGUUUUGGACCACCAUGAGAUUCCAACCAGUGCUCUCCACUCACUUCCAUUAUCCCUCGCUCCCUUUUCUACUCAAUUUCUCAGCCCCUAUGUCCUCUCUCUUACUCCUUCCAUGGUUGGAGAUGGGAGCAAAAUACCCAUCUUUCCCAACCCGCCAACCAUCACACGCUUCUCCAGCUCUCUUCUCUCACAGUCUCUGUCCUCCCACAACCAAGCUUCUCACUACCUGUCCAAUGGUGAUGACUGUGAGUCCGCUUUGGAUCUCAGCAUGAGAAAAAACAACUCAAAAUCCGCUUCUUCCUCAUCUCUGGCUGACAAAAUUGCGGCACAGAAGGGACAGUUGCUGGACGGGCUAGGCCUGAGGCCCACAUCCAAAGGUCUGGUAGUCGUCCAGGUUAAGCCUGAACCUGUCACUGGCAUGCCCUCUUCCAACAUGAGUCUGGUCAACUGCAGUAAUAUGACAAAGUCUAGUAUUUACAUGAGGGCAGCAGAGAAAAUGAACGCUACGCUAUUGGAAAGAGAGCGAGAAAAGGAGCGGGAGAAGGAAAAAGAGAGGGAGCAGGACCAGCAGCAGAGGAAGUCCAAAGGAAAAAGAUACCGAGAUAUGCGGCGUUCAAGGACCAUCAUUCAAGCUGAACAACUUGACAUUCUGUAUGGCUGCUAUUUCAAAGACCCAAAUCCUGGGAAACAUGAGUUUGAACAGAUUUCAGAGUGGGUCCACCUUCCAAAGAAGGUUGUUCAGAUUUGGUUCCAGAACAUGAGGGCGAGGGAAAGAAAAGGUGAGGUCCGAUUCAUCAGCGAUGGCACCUUGGCUGCAGUUGGCAAACCCCUCAUCAAAUUCACUUGGCCUCUUUCCAAACCCAUAUUCUCCAACAAACCUGCUUCAAACAAUACUGGGAGCAACACUGGGAGCAUUACUACUGCUCCAAUUGUGCGCACCCUCAUAAAGACAGAAAGAGAGCCUGUAAAGGAGUUGGGCAAACCAGCCGUGGUGAAAAAAAUAACUCCUGUUCCUAUCAAACCCAAGGAGAUAGUUUCCUCAACCACAGUGUCUCCUGUGAGCAGCAGUGCUUCUGCAGUGCCAAAGACCAAGCUUGAAACCACCAGCAACGUCACUAUGGUUAAAGUUGCACCCAAAGUCAAUACCCCUGUCCUUUUAGCACCACCCAAGGAUCUCGUUCCCAUCGCCCCACGACCGGCGCAGAAAAGAAAGCAGGACGAGGAGAGCGAGGAGGAAAAAACUGAUGAAGAGAAAGACAAUGAAAAUGAGAUGGGUCCUGGACCAGGGACCACAAACCGCAUGGUGCCGAAGCUGCCCACAACCCCCAUCAACAACAGGCCUGCAGCUUCAACGGUGGUGCCACAAAAACAGAACGGGCUGAACUACUGGACCCCCAAAGUCCCCAUUAAGAUCAACACUCUAUCAAGAGAACAACUGGCUCUUCCCACGCACACAGCUCCUCGUACCAUCCCCCCUCCUCCCACCCCUAGCAUUGCACCAGUCAGCCCAAAUACCCCCAGCUCUGCCAAAGUGGCCAGCCCCUCCACGCCGGUUGUAGCUAAAUCAAGCCCAACAGAAAGCAGCUUUCUGCCCCACUCAUCCAGUCGUAGGCCACGCACUCACUUGUCCUGCCUACAGCUGUCCAUUCUGCAGUCGUGUUACGAGACCUGCGCCCACCCUAAUGCCAUGGAGUGCGAGGCAAUUGGCACCGAGCUCAACCUGCCGCUCAAGGUGGUGCAGAUCUGGUUCCAAAACACGAGAGCCAAGGAGAAGCGCUGGAGGCUGCAGCAGGAGAAAAUGUCUCCUCUGUCAGGUGGGAAAGUGGACAUGAGCUCAGGAAGCUACCUGCAGUACAAUGCUCUCAAAGCCAAUCGGCCCAUCCUUCCUAAGCCUGUUCAGCUCACAGUUACUGAACCUCCAUCUUCCCCAGUGGCGGGCCAGCCAGUGCCAAAGGAGACUCUGACGGGCCGCUGCGACGCCUGCAACGUCUCCUUUGAAUCCCGGGCCGCGGCAAGGGCCCACGUCUUCUCCCCACGUCACUUGGCAACCCUGAGAACCACUAACUUUGGCCAGCCGACGGCGCUCGUCAACAAGAACGGGACCGGUAACAGCGGACCUGGCAGCGGUGCGCCGGGCUCUCUUUCCACUACUGUAACCAGCUCCGGUUCUGCAGGGGAGAUCGUCGUCGAGUUGCCUGCAGCGACGGCCACCAGCAACAGUUAAAGACUCAGAUCAGGAUUGGUCUGCACACUGACUAUUGUUGGACCCAUUUGGGCUCCUCAGAUUUUAAUAAACAAAUUUGAGCACUAAUCCUCAAAAGCUAAUAUUCUUUAGUUUUUGACGCCGGCUCCCCCUGCACCCUCUAUCGUUUGCUCUGCCUUCACUGACUCGAUAUCCAUUAACUUGCAGAGUUCACCCGGAAUCGAAUACAACAGCAGACUCUUUCCAUGCUGCUUGUCACUUAAUCAGUUGCUGUCUGAUAAGUGAUAAAACCCUCUCAAGUUCCCCUCGAUCCUCGCACACUUUAUCCAUACAUUUUUGGUCCUAACCCUGUGGUUAUGUAUUACCUUACUUCUAUGACCUUCCUUCCUAGAAUUUGUAAAGGCACUCAACUUUCCAUGCUUGAGCUGUUCUACCCUAAAGACUGAUGCAAGUGUUUCCUUUUUGGCAGCGGCCGUGGCGGGCCCGGAAACACUUUUUGGGAUAAUAACAUAAAAUACUCACAUUAAUAACUCCCAGUUUGCUCCUGUGGAAUUGUUUUUUUUUUUCAUGCCUACUUUCACUUCAAGGGCAAAGAUUGAAUAUAGUGUGACUGAACUGAACCAUUGGGAGAGGAAGAACUGGUAUUGUAAGUCACCUUUUUGUUUGCUACAGGAGUGUGAUCUGAAGAGUGUUGUGUCUGCUCAUUUGGGAUAUAAAAGAGGUACUUCAGAGAGAAUAGAGCUGUUGAAUUGUCCCCAUUUCCACGUUCAUAGUUUCACGACAAUCCAAAUAGACAGCGCAAAAAGAGGCUGAGGAAAGUAGAAUCUUUAGCAUACCGCACUUUGACACAUUUUACAUUGUUUGAAAUGUUUUUAAGCAUUCUAAUGCAGGUGUCUUUUUAUGGAAAGAUACAAUGAUGCAUGUCGGAUGCCUUAAGUCACGUAAAAAAAAAGAAAAGAUUUUUGCUAAUCAAAUGAAACGUGCUUUAGAUGCGAGCGUAAUAAUUGUGCAAAAAUCAAACCUGGGUAUGUAAAUGAAGAAGAGUUUCGUUCCAAAAUGUUUUUACAUCCAUUUAUUUGGUGGGGGCACAUCUCUGAAUGUUAUAUUCUAUAUCUAGAGCAUAGCAAAUCCUGCCUGUAAAGUUGUCAGCAUUCUCUUGGCCAAGGACUGUAUUCAGCUAUCUUGCUUUUACAUCAAAUUUUUUUUGAUGCUGUAAAUUUCCCUCUUCCCCCAAAUGUGUGUGUUAUUUUGGAACGUAGCUCUUCAGGCCUGUUGGGAAAGAUAAAUGUUUUUACACCUACUGUAGGUGUGUUAGAAAUAUGACCGCCUUAAGAGGAAACACCACCAGGUAUAUAAAUUCAAGCCCAGGUGAUCCUCGUAUAAUAUUGGUGAAUUAAUUUCACCCUCAUCUGGCACGGAGGGUCAGACUGAUUUCCUAAAUUUUCUUUGCCAUGAAUACUGUGUAUAAGACAGGAAAGUUAAGUACUCAUUUUAUUUAGUCCAGUAUUUAUACAAACAAAAAUAGAAGCAAUUAAAAACUGGCAUAACGGAUUUUUAUUUAGGUCAAAAGCCAAACCUCUGGAAAUGAGAGAACUGGGCUUAAAACGAGCUGUUUCCCAUCCUUGUUUUUCCCUCAUUUUGUUCAGUUUCAAAGCAGAGAUAGUGAUUCUGGUAAUGUAUGUGCUGUGAAAUGAGAUCUUAUAUCUGGAAACCAUGACAAGGGAGACUGUUGGGUAUUACUAGUUUCUUUAAGGGGCUAAUAUAUACUCAAAUCUAGGAAGCAAAUUAGGAAAAAAUAAAAUGUGUUGACUGAGAGCUAAUAAGAUGGUGCUGUGUUGAAGGACACAUAACAUACUAAAGAUGUUUUCCUUCAAUUUAAGUUGUAUAUUAAUGUUACUAUUGAUAGUUUUAACAAAAUGCAAAACUAAAACAUGAACUUUUUGUAAAGAAAUAUAUUAAAAAUAACUGAUAUUCCAAAGUAAUCCUCCCUUUGCUUUCUGUCAUUCAAAAACCAAAAAGCAAUCUUUAGGUCGACAGAGAGCAGGAGAGGUGUUCGUAAAAAUGCAAACUGUAAAGGACAUCCCACGGCUUGACACUUGCACUAGUCCACAAUUUUUGCACAAGCUACAGACGUUUCAAAUGUACACAGUCAUUACCACAACAUUAAGGGUCGCUUGGCAUGGUUUUGAAACAAGGAGGGAAGCAAAUGUCCUUCGAUGAGUAAUAAUUGGAAACUGUAUCUUGUGUGUAAAGCAAGGACUGGAGUGCUUGAACCUCAAGACUGGGAUUACACACACACGCACACACACACAGACACGGUGUUGCACUGUCCAAACUAGAUACGUUUUUAUGGAGAUCUGCUUUUUAUUCUCUUAUGUUUCAUUGUCACUUUGAUUAUCACUAUUGUUAUAACUGUACUACUACUUAUACGAUUUAUUCUUACUACUCAUCACUGUUUUUGAUUAUUAUUGAUCCAUAAUGGUUUUAAAUGCCACCUCUCUGCUCAAAAAGAGUAUGGUAUUCCUAUGAAUAUUGAACAAUAAUAGUGGCAGUGUUGUUAUGACUUGUUAGAUUUUUGAUUAAGCUUAUUUUUCCUCCUCACUUGUACCUGCCUUUUUUGUGUUUGGUCUCCAUUAUGCUUUCUUUGAUAUACAGAAAAAAAAUAAAAUCAGUUGAACAACAAA